GGCAGUCGAAGGGCAGCCUCCCGCUUAGUUAACAACUUAAUUGAACUAGUUAUCAUCAAAGGCGUGGCAGGCGAGAUAAGCGGGCGGUUGCCCAGAGACAGGUGGGCGGGCCAUGAAGAGUUCAGCCCUGAGUAGGCCUGCUGUCACGGUGACAGGCGGGCGGGCCACAGAGUUCAGCCCCGGGAGGCCCCCUGUCACAUUCCCCUCUAUUCCUCUCCAUUCGGCACUGGGGAGGCCACAUCUGGAGUCCUGUGUCCAGUUGUGGACCCCCCACUACAGAAAGGAUGUGGACAAGAUGGAGAGAGUCCAGCGGAGGGCAAUGAAAAUGGUUUGGGGGCUGGAGGACAUGACUUGUGGGGGACCUGGGCUUAUUUAGUCUUUGGAAGAGAAGACUGAGAGGGGAUUUAAUAGCAGCCUUCAAGUCUCUGAAGGGAGUUUUCAAAGAGUCUGGAGCGGGGCUAUUCUUAGUGGUGGCAGAUGACAGGACAAGGAGCCAUGGUCUCAAGUUGCAGCUAGGGAGGUUUAGGUUGGAUACUAGGAAAAACUUUCUCGCAAGGAGCAUUGUAAAGCACUAGAACAGGUUAUCUAGAGACGUUGAGGAGUCUUCAUCCUUCGAGGCUUCACACAGCCUUGGCUGGGAUGAUGUAGUUGGGGCUGGUCAUGCUUGAAGCAGGGGGUCAGACUAGAUGUGACUCCCUGAGGUCCCUUCCCACCCUCAUUUUCUGCGCCUCUAUGGCUUUUAGAGCUGCUUGACUGAUGUGCCUUGCUCAGAGUCCCCAGGUGAGGUUGGCAGGGACCUUACAUUUUUUUUCGCCUUCCUUGGCCGCUGGAGGAGCGACUUGCCUACUGCAGUGAUGCUCAGUCGUGGUUGGCUUUGGGGUCGUGUGAGCCAUCCGUCUUACCGUGUUACCACCUACCCCCAAUGUAGAUCUUUGCUGGUAUCUUUUCUUGCAGUUUGUCCUGUUGGUUUUGUUUGCUGCUUUUGACAACUUAUUCUUUGUCUCACGACCAUUUUAAAUGUUGGUCCUGUUUUCCUAGGUACCCUUGACUCCCCUCCCUCCCGGGCAUCAUCUGUAGUUUCUGUGCAUUGUGCACACCGUCAGUGAAAAUACUGGUGCAGAACAGGCCUCUGUGAGACCCCAGUAAAAGUAUCCUCCCACCUGAACAGCAAACCCUUGAUAACUUCAGUGCAACGGGUGCACAAGUUGUUGAAAAUCCUCAGUCUGUCAGUGAUUUCAUUGAUACCUAGUUUGUUCGUGAGCAUGGCACGUGAGACGGCAUGGAGAACCUUACUGAGGUCAAAAGAUGUCACGUCUGCCGCUUCCCUCUUAUCUGCAAACCCUAUCAAAGGAGGAAAUUAGAUUGGUUUGGUGUGAUUUACUCCUGGUGGUUUCUUAUCGGCUGUUAUUCUCCAGACUCUAAGGCCAGAGGGGAAGUGGUUCACCCAAGUUCGCGCAGCAGAGCAGUGUCAGAGCCAGCCACCGAACUCGGGGAUCAUUCGAGUUCUGGCCCCGCGCCCCCAGUACUGGACUACGCUGCAUCUAAGGUACUUUCCUCAGCCUCUCGUUCCACAUCUGUAGCUGUGUCUCUUUGGAUGUGGUAUUGAAAAGGUUGGGUGAGGAAGCUCCUGCAUGACUUGAGUCAUUUGGACAGCAGGUGCCCCACGUCUUCAGUUUGUCUCGAUCGCUCUGGGACCCAUCAGAUUUGAAAAUGCCUUUAUCAGCCUGGUUCAACUUGCUGCUCCUCCUUCCUUGCAUUGGUACGACCAAGACCUGCUAUCCAGGAUGCCACUGUGAGGUGGAGAGUUUUGGGCUCUUUGACAGCUUCAGCCUGACCAAGGUAGACUGCAGUGGAAUAGGGUCGCACAUUGUUCCUGUGCCAAUCCCAUUAGAUACCUCCUACCUGGACCUGUCUUCCAACAAACUGGAAACCGUCAACGAAUCAAUGCUUAGCGGCCCGGGUUACACGACGUUGGUUAGCCUUGACCUUAGCUAUAAUAAAAUUGCCAAGAUCUCUUCUACUACCUUCUCCAGGCUCAGGUAUCUGGAGUCUUUGGAUCUGAGUCAUAACUCUUUGGAAGUCCUCCCAGAAGAGUGCUUCUCCAGUUCACCAUUGGGGGACGUAGAUUUGAGCAGCAACGGCCUCUUGGAAAUAACAAUGGAUGUCUUUGCAUCCAAAGGUCAGGGGAAACCCAUGAACGUGGAUCUGUCCAACAACGCGAUACGCAGAGUUGCGAGACAUCGCAGCAGAAACAUUCCCAACAUCCAGAGCUUAAAUCUUUCUGGAAACAAACUAACUACCGUGCCAAAUCUUCAAGGGAUUCCUCUCCGAUACUUAAACCUGGAUGGGAACCCAUUGGCCAAGAUCGAGAAAGGUGCCUUGGUGGGGCUGAAGGAUUUAAUCCAUUUGUCUCUCAGCAGUCUGCCUGACUUCAGAGAGAUCUCUCCCUACAGCUUCAAAGAAUUGCCAGCCCUCCAGGUACUUGACUUAUCCAGCAAUCCCAGUCUUAAGUCUUUGAGUGCUGAAGUCGUCUUUGGUUUAAACUCCCUGCAAGAACUCAACCUCUCCAGUACAGGUGUACCAUCUUUGCCAAAGACUGUGCUAAAAUACUUACCUUCCAUCAAAAGCAUCACCUUGGGAAAGAAUGUGCAGUGUUUUAAGACCAUUAAAGAAGGGCAGUACCACCGACAAAUGGGACACACCAAAAAAGAGGUCCUCAGUUGUCACGACAGCAAUGGGUCUGUAGUGGCAGCACCCUAUGUUUUGUGAUGACACUCGGAGCAGGUGGGAGCGGAGGGGAUUGUACAGCUAUCCGGACAGAAAUGGGCUGCAGCGUGCCUUUUGUAAAAUUGUCAAUAAUUUAUAUAUUUGUAUAUGCCAAUACUUGAUUGCGUGUGUGUUUUAUAAACUCUGUAUUACUGGCCACCAUUUUCUUCCACAGUCCUUUGCAACCUCGUGAUUCCCUCCAGCCAUUUUCACAUCAUGCCUCCAGCUCAGGAGUUCAGGAAUAGUGUUUUACUGUGAAAGGGGACCAAGCAAUGUCGCUAUUCUGGAUGUUUAAUAGAGGGAACAAAUGCAUUCAGACCAAUUGUACUCGCAGCCCUCUCUGGUGCACAUCAAAAAUGCGUGAACUCUGCAAUCCUUUACUUGCAAAUCCAUGUUUCAUCUCCUUUCCUUUUUUUUUUAUUCCUCAAGAAGUGCCUUCCAGAUGUUGCCUUCAUUAGCAGAGCCUUGCUCAUUUGUCAUGCACUUUCGGUCUGAAGAAACCAUUUGGGACACGUGAGCAAUGGGGUGCUGCUAAUGUUUUUAAAUGCUGUUUGCAUAGAAGUGCAAUGAACACUGGGUAACUGGGAACCAUAUUUUCCCCUCUGUCUUUCUGAUUGCAUUGGAGCCUCCAUUGAGAAGCUGUCGGGAUGCAGAUGUGCCCUUGAUCUUACUGGAGACAAAAUGCUCAGAUCUAGCCCUGUGUCUAUGUCGCUCUUGCUUUCUUGCAGGCUCCUGCCUCUCGCUGUCCUCUAUAUACAGCAGGGUGGGUCUGCCUUCAAUAAAGAGCAAAUGGUCUGGGAGCUCAGCUCCCUGAGGGGCAAAGGAGCAUGAGCUGUGAAGCAGAGGGAGUGUGUAAACUAGAUUUGAAACCUUUUUCGGGGAAUCUUAAGGAAUGCCCAUGCUCCUGCUUAUCUUGACAACUUUAUCAACCAGAGACAGGAACCCAAAGGACUGAGCCAAGAAACUUUUUGUUCCUCCUUUGCCUUCCCCUGCCUGGGGAGAGCUUGUGCAGCACAGCUGGGCCUUGUGAAGGCAGUUUCAUGCUAGAAAAUACCUGCCUACCAAGGGCAGCACGGGAAGGGAGGAGAGAGGCUCCAGCCCCAGCGCCUGGGGUGACAUGUGCCGGCUCUCCAGCAGCCCAGGGCAGUGCAACACUUGCUGCUCUGUGCUGAUUGUUCCUUCCCCACCUUGGCAGCUAACGAGUCUCUAAUUAAGCCCUUGCCUGUAGAGCUUGCACGAGCACAUAACCACAUCCCUCUUCCCUCGGUUCCCUGCCUGACGAGCAUGGCAAUCGAGAGAAACCACAGAGCAAGGACAAAAAACCGGUUUAGGGAAGCGGGUAGCACUGGCUGGAACAGGAAGGCGGGGGACAAUGUGGAGGAAGUGGGGGCAAGGCCUCUUGCAAAAAAAAAAAUGGGGAAAGCUGCUCCAUUGAGCUCAGUGGGGAAUUUGGUAUCAGUCCCCAAAGGGAGGGACUGAGGCAGUCAACCCCAUCGGUGGAGGUGUCUCCUUCCCCGCUGGCUGAAUUUGGUCCGCCGUCCCUAGGUAGGGAAGGGGAGGACAAGAGAAACCAUGCAAGGCAGCGUCAGCUCUCGGCUGUAUUGGGCUAUGGUCUUGUAGGAGUAAUAGCGGCCGUGUAACCAAGGUGUGUCCAGACUUACUAGAGGAGAAAAAGGGCAAGGUUUACCAUGCACUAGCUGCUAGUGAGCACAGUGUUAUCCCAUGGUAAGGGAAAGCUACCCCUGUGGUUAAUAUAACUCCCUUUCCUUAAGCAACCUUUUCCUUCGUGGUUUCUCGGCACCGACCCAAGCUGCCUUUUUAACCAGCUUAAGUUGGUGUGUCUGCUCAUUUCCGUUUAAACCUUUUUUUUUUUUUUUUUUAGUUUAGUGUAAGUCUAUUAGGAAGGGUGAAACUAAACUGCUCUAAGCCACUAUUUAAGGCCAAAUCGGUACGUCUGCCUGGCCAUUCGCAUCACACCCGUAUUGGUUCAGUUGACCGAUGUGUAGACAGCGCUGAGGUUUAAUGGAGUCAGAGUUAUCCCAGACUUGAGCAGGUGCAAGAGGGAUGAAAUCAGGCCUGUCUUGUACACCGGCGCUGUGAAUGGCAGCCCACAGUAUGGGGUGAUAGGAAAUGCAGGGGCAGAGCCUCCAGGGACUCAGGACAAAUGCAGUGGCCCCUGGAAGUUGGGGAGGAAGGUCACACAGAGUAGGUCAGGACACACCUGGCUAUAUCCAUAACCGCUGAGUAGAUUAUUCUGAUCUGCUGAGUAGAAGAAGGAUGAUCCAUCAAAGGUGCUUUGCAAUGGAAACCCACAUCAUGGAUCCCAGGAAGAGCAACAUCUUCCUGCUUUCAUCCUCCAGAGCAUUUUACUGCUGGAAAUUACAGCUGCCUCCAACCCGUUCUCUGUGGGAAUGGUAGACAACUCAGCAAAUUCAAGCCAGCUGUUGUCUAAGAGGGGCCGAUUCACAGCUGUAGUUUUAUCCCAGCUCUGAAUCCAGCAUUGGCUUUCCAAAUAAUAUUUCCCAGCAAGAGUUUCGCUCACUCUAGUACUAAACGGCUCGGUCCUCUCUCGUAUCGAAUGACAACCAUUUCUGGUUGAUUUUCCCCGUUUGCUGAGCCUUUUCAUUGUUCAGCUGGCCUUCAGGGUCAUGAGAAACCCGUAGAUUUUCUUAAAAAGGCAACAACAUUGUCUCGGGCAGAGGAUGCCUUUCUACAAGCCUUCAGGAGAGGAAAUGAUGGACAAAGAGUUGUACUGAGUUGUCCUGUCUUUCUAAUGGAGCUUGCCUUUUUAAGAUAAUUUUUCUGCUGGCAGAAAAUGUAAUUUUUUUUUUUAAGUUUAAUUUUAUAAUUGUGUACUUAGAUGGCGUGUUAGGGGAAUAAUAAAGGGCGACAGGAGGUCGGGCCCUUGUACCACUGUGGUAAAUUUUUAAUACCCGAUGUGACAAUCGAAUUGAAGACUGCAAGAUGAGCUCUUGUAAUCUCAUGCUAGCUGCUAGUUAAAUGAGUCUCAGCAAGGGCUGGCAAAGACCUUCUCUGUAUCUUUAUUUUUUUUUUCUUUCUUUUUAAAAAUCUCUGCAGCGUUGUAAUGCUUUACAAUUAUUUCACAAUAUAAUAAAGCGAUUCGGAGAAGAAUGAA